GCCCCGCGCGUGCCGGGCCGGGGCCACUUACCUGUGGCUCCGCGCGCUCGGGAGAGGCGGCACCUCCGGGUCCCGGAGGUCCAGGGGGCAGUUCCCCAGGUCGGAGUCCGUCUCUGGCCAUCGGAAGGGGGGUCGGGCGCGCGCUUACCCCCGCUGGCCACGGAGGCGGGGAGCCGGGACACCCAGCGUGUGGCAUCGGGGAGGACAAGAUCGCAACCCCCCAGGGGGCGCUGGCCUAGCCUCACCCCCGCCGGCUGUGUGACCCUGGGCGGGGAGCCCACCCUCCUGGUCCUGAGGACCCCCAGUUGCUGCACGGGACCUGACCUGACCCUUGCCCGGCGGCUCUGAGACUGGCAGGGCUGAGGCUUUGCUGUGAAGGCCCGAGGGCUGGAAGGACGGCUCAGAGAGGCGAAGUGACUUGCCCUGGGCACAGCCAAUGUGGGGAUUGGCCUUUGGAGAAGGGUGGCUGUUCAAGUGUCUCACAGCGUGUCAGCGGAUGAACCGGGGCUAGACCCACGUUGCACGCACCUCCCAUCACGUGAUUGCUGCCCUCCGCAAAGCACCAGCCAUGAACUACGUGGGGCAGCUGGCGGAGACCGUGUUUGGCACGGUGAAGGAGCUGUACCGGGGCCUGAACCCGGCCACCCUGAGCGGCGGCAUCGACGUGCUAGUGGUGAAGCAGGUGGACGGCUCCUUCCGCUGCUCGCCCUUCCACGUGCGCUUCGGGAAGCUGGGCGUCCUGCGCUCCCGGGAGAAGGUGGUGGACAUCGAGAUCAACGGGGAGCCGGUCGACUUGCACAUGAAGCUGGGGGACAGUGGAGAGGCCUUCUUCGUUCAGGAGCUAGAGAAUGAUGAGGAACACGUGCCUCCCCGUCUGUGCACCUCACCCAUCCCUUGGGGGGGCCUGUCUGGGUUCCCCUCAGACUCCCAAAUGGGCACAGCCAGCGAGCCAGAAGUGGUCACUGCGGGCACCACCAACAUGGGGCGGAAGAAGAGGCUCCGCAGGAGGAAACUCAGGCGGAAGGAAGACGCCGUAGCAACUGAUUCUAGCUCAGAGGAGCUGGAGGCCGGCGCUGAGAAUGACCCGUCCCUGCUAGAAAGGCCAAGUCCAGAGGCCCCGAGGAGUUCGGGGACCAGCAGCAUCCAGCCAGACGGCGAGCCCUCACCACAGCCCAAAGACAUCUACCCCUACUCGGAUGGCGAGUGGCCUCCCCAAGCCAGCCUCUCGUCCAGUGAGCUAACCUCCCCUAAGAGCGACUCAGAGCUGGAGCUGAGGACCCCUGAGCCCAGCCCCCUGAGAGCUGAGUCCCACAUGCAGUGGGCCUGGGGGAGGCUCCCUAAGGUGGCUAAAGCCGAGCGACCCGAGUCCUCAGUGCUCCUGGAUGACCACCUUGGGGCAGCCUCUCCUUGCCAGGGAGAGUCCUGCUCCCCUCCUGCCGCUGGAGCUGGUGUGGGUCCUUCAGGGCCCCCAACCCUGCAAACAGGGACUGGCACUGACCUUCUUCAGCUUAAAACAGAGACUCCUGCUCUGGAGGGCCACUGUCCCCGGGUCCCUGAAAGACUGGAAACCAGGACUCAGAGCUCCAGGGAUAUGCACCCCCCUCCUGCCUUGAAGUCAUGGAGCUGGACCACUCUGGACAUCCCUGUCCCCACAGAGGGGGUGUCCAGAAGGAAAGGCUCCCUAAAGAGAAGCCAGCACCUGGGCCCCAGUGACAUCUACCUGGAUGACCUACCCUCGCUGGACUCCGAGAAUGCAGCCCUUUACUUCCCCCAGAGUGACUGUGGGCUGGGGGUCAGGAGGUGGAGUGAACCCGGCAACCAGAAGACCCUGGGGGACCCCAUCCCCGAACAGGAGCCAGAACAUACUUCAGACACCCCGGACAAAAUAGUACUGUCCCUCUGUGGAGGACUGGCUGACAGCAGGAACAUCUCCCUAGAGAAAUUCAACCAGCACAUCGUCUCCUACCAGGAUCUCAGCAAAAACCCUGGCCUCCUGGAUGACCCAAACCUGGUGAUCAAAGUCAAUGAGAAGCAUUAUAACUGGGCUGUAGCUGCCCCCAUGAUCCUCUCCCUGCAAGCCUUCCAGAAAAACUUGCCCAAGAACACCCUGGACAAGCUGGAGAAGGAGAAGAUGCCCCGGAAGAGUGGGCGGUGGUGGUUUUCUUGGCGACGCAGGGACUUCCCAGUGGAGGAGCGCAGUACCCAGAGGGAGAAAAGCACAGCCCAGGAUCAGCGGGGGGAGAAGACCGAGGUCCUGAGCAGCGAGGACGACGCCCCAGACAGCCCUGUGAUCCUCGAGGCCCCCUGCCCGCCGCCCUCCUCUCCAGUCUAUACUCCUGCCUUCAAGAAGUCCCUUCGCCUCUCCUCAGAUCAGAUUCGGCGCCUGAACCUGCAAGAAGGCGCCAACGAUGUGGUCUUCAGUGUGACCACUCAGUACCAGGGCACCUGCCGCUGCAAGGCCACCAUCUACCUGUGGAAAUGGGACGACAAGGUGGUCAUCUCAGACAUCGACGGCACCAUCACCAAGUCGGACGCCCUGGGCCACAUUCUGCCCCAGCUGGGGAAAGACUGGACACACCAGGGCAUCACCAGCCUCUACCACAAAAUUCACCUAAAUGGGUACAAGUUCCUGUACUGCUCGGCUCGGGCCAUCGGCAUGGCUGACCUCACCAAGGGGUACCUGCGGUGGGUGAGCGAGCGGGGCUGUGGCCUCCCCAAGGGCCCCAUUCUGCUGUCUCCCAGCAGCCUCUUCUCCGCCCUGCACAGGGAGGUGAUUGAGAAGAAACCAGAGGUGUUCAAGAUCGCCUGCCUGAGUGACAUCCAACAGCUGUUUCUGCCCCACGGACAGCCCUUCUACGCCGCCUUCGGGAACCGGCCCAACGAUGUCAUCGCCUACCGGCAGGUGGGCCUACCUGAAUCGCGCAUCUUCACAGUCAAUCCCCGGGGAGAGCUUAUCCAGGAGCUCAUGAAGAACCACAAGUCCACGUACGAGCGGCUCGGUGAGGUGGUGGAGCUCCUCUUCCCGCCAGUGGCCCGUGGCCCCAGCACAGACCUGGCCAAUCCUGAAUACAGCAACUUCUGCUACUGGCGGGAGCCGCUGGCCAUGGUGGACCUUGACGCUCUGACCUGAACCAGCCCCGCCUGCCCCUCUUCCCUGGCCUGGCCCAGAAGUGACUGAGUAUAGUGGGUAGAAUCCACAAAACCAACCCCAAAAGGGAGCAGGGGGCUGUGGGCCUGUUGGUGGCCAGACACCUCCCCCCAGCCGUCCUGCCUCUGCCAGCUGAGCUGGAGGGGUGGGGCAGCUGCUCCAGGCCUCAGCUUGGUCUUGCCCUGCGGCAAUUAAAUGAUUGUCACCUGAGCCUUUGCAGGGUUCUCCCUGCCCUUGACACCUCUGUCCCUGCCAUCCUGGGACCUUGGUUCAACUCGCCACAGGACAGAGAUAAAGGAGGCCCCACUGAGACUCAAGGCCCCUCCGUACAGGGAAGGGGUGGGGCAGCAACAGAGAGGAAUUGAGCAGCAUCUGGGAGGAGUACAAUGUCCCCCCACCCUCUCUGGGGGUCUGGGCCACACCCUCUGAAGUUAGACCCUAACAUAGCCCUGGCCUCUACCUGCCAGACAGCACUGCUCUCCCUUGUGGGUGCCCUGGCAUCUCAGUUCAUGCUGUACGCCCACCCCCAGUCCUCCAGAGCCCCUCUGGCAUUAGGGAAUUCCAAGCCAGGGCAAGGUCCAAGGGAGUAGGGCUCCCGAUGGACCAUGGUGCACCCACCCACUGCCCUUCGUCCUCUCUGCACCUCCCUGGGGAUACAGCUCCAACCCUGCGAGGACAUGUGGGGGCCUGUCUGCCACCCUCCCCAGCUUUAGCCCACAUGGCUGAGUAGGCUUUUGCCCCAAAAACUGUGGAAUUGGGACUGAUCCCCUCCCAGCCUUCCCUCCUCCUGUCUUUGGCAAAGAAAAUGUCCUUAGAUGAGUCAAAAGCUUUAAUCCAGGGCUGCCCUCCCCCAACAGCACCACAGUGGAGGGCAGAAUACCACAUGUCAAGCAACCAGAAGGCAGGACUACAGGGACCCACAUGCUGCUGUGGGGGAAACUGAGGCUGGAUCCUCAGCAGAGAUGGGUCUGGGGACUGCGCAGGCAGUUUCCAGGCUGACCCGUGGUGAUGUUGUACCUGAGUUUCUAUUUCCAGAACAUCCUGGCUGGGCAGGGGCUUUGCAGGGAUGUUGGGAUCAAGGCCAGGUGCCCUUCCCCUUCAGUCUCCUGCCAAGGUCUGGCCUCAUGCAGGCCAUGACGUAUAGAAGGGACACUCUGGACAGAGGCCCUAACCCCAAGGAGGACUCCCCAAAAUGGAAAGGGAAGACCAUGUGUAUACCAGAGUGCCCUGAAAACAUUGGGGGGAAGGUAGGGGAAAAGAUACAUCAACAAAUCCCCUGGCCCCAAACCCUUCCCCUGGGAUUCUGUAGCUGCCUAAGCUCUCACCUUGGGGGAAGAUCAAAAAGAAUGAAGAGUACUCUGGGCUGAGUCUGUGCCUCUGUUCCAUCCUGAAGGACCAGUGAGGCAGUGGAAA